ACAGGUGAAGAUACCAAGACUCAAGGAGGCCAAGCCACUCGCCAGGGGGUUACACCGCCCGCAGAGGCAGAGCCGGAACUCACCCAGAUCCUGAGAAGACAGGAAAAUGGCCACGUGGAAUGAAAAGGCAGUCACCCGCAGGGCCAGGGUGGCUCCCGCCGAGAGGAUGAGCAAAUUCUUGAAACACUUCACCGUCGUCGGGGACGACUACCACGCCUGGAACAUCAACUACAAGAAGUGGGAGAAUGAGGAGGAGGAGGAGGAAGAAGAGCAGCCGCCGCCCACUGCCGCCUCGGCCUCGGCCGAGGAGGGCAGAGCCACUGACCCCACCCCAGCCCCGGCCCCUGUGCCCAGGCCCCGCCUAGACUUCAGGACCACUUUGAGGAAGCUCUUCAGCGCCCACAGGUUUCAGGUUAUCAUCAUCUGCCUGGUCGUCCUGGACGCCCUCCUGGUGCUUGCGGAGCUUGUUCUGGACCUGAGGAUCAUCCAGCCCGACAAGAAUAACUAUGCCCCCAGGGUGUUCCACUAUAUGAGCCUUGCUAUACUGACCUUUUUCAUGACGGAGAUUUUCUUUAAAAUAUUGGUCUUCCGCUUGGAGUUCUUUCACCACAAGUUUGAGAUCCUGGACGCCAUUGUGGUGGUCAUUUCCUUCAUCCUCGACAUCGUCCUCCUGUUCCGGGAGCAUGAAUUCGAGGCUCUGGGACUGCUGAUCCUGCUCCGGCUGUGGCGGGUGGCCCGGAUCAUCAAUGGGAUAAUUAUCUCGGUUAAGACACGUUCAGAACGGCAACUGUUAAGGUUAAAACAGAUAAACAUACAACUGGCCACCAAGAUACAGCACCUUGAAUUCAGCUGCUCUGAGAAGGAACAAGAAAUUGAGAGACUUAACAAGCUAUUGAGACAGCAUGGAUUUCUCGGGGAGGUGAACUAGAAGCACACCUUCUCCAGCUCAAAGGGAAGACCUGCCUCAUGGGCUUGUGACAAGGAAGACAGCCACCCCUCUGGGGCCAUGUCGGGGAGAGCUCUGGUUUGAUGGCUUUGCCUCACUGCUGCCGGCUCGGAUCCUGGGGGACACAGCCUUUUAGAGGCUCUAUUUCUUCCUUGGUGUGACUGAGAA